AUGAUAAUUAUAGUUGGAGAGGAACCCUAUACCAAAACUUUUUAUGUUCAUUCAAAUAUACUUCGAGUGAGAUCCAAUUAUUUUAAAACUUUCUUAUCAACUAAUUGGAUACGUCGAGAAGACGAUAAGAUACGUUUUUCAAAACCAAAUAUCGAACCUGAAGUUUUUGCUAUUAUUUUAGAAUAUAUUUACGGAGGAAAGAUUGAAUUUCAAGAAGAUUUAGAUCCAUCAAUUAUAUUUGAUUGUAUUAAGGCAGCGGAUGAAUUAGGAAUUUUAGAAUUUCUUUUUUAUUCACAAGAUUAUUUAUUAAAUAAUAAGAUUACUUGGUUAAAAGAAAAUUUGGUAUUAAUUUAUCGAGAUAGUUUUGGAUUAGAUUCGAUGAGAAAAUUACAAGAAUUUAGUGUUGAUCGAAUUAAGAAAUAUCCGCAUUUAUUAUUUGAUUCGGAAGAUUUUAAUAUGAUAAGUGAACAAGCGUUGAUAGCAGUAAUUAAAGAUGAUAAAUUAGAAAUGGAAGAAAUUGAAAUUUGGAAAAAAUUAUUAAAAUGGGGAAUCAUUGAGGAAUUAGCAAAUAAAUAUAAAAUGUCAAUGAAAAAGAAAUUACCAAAUCGAGGAGCAGCAAUAUCAACAAUAAUGAGUUCAGAUCAUGCCGCAAUAAUUGCCAGUUGGAUUGAUCAUUAUGAUAUAUUUGUAGGAGGUUAUAAUCCUGAUGUUUGGUAUAAUACUUUAUGGCCACAAUAUAAGAGAAAUGAUCGAUCAUUUAUAUUUUCAUUUACUCAAGGAAUUACAAUUAAUGAUAAUCACGCAUAUGCAUUAAAUUGUUGGAGAUCAAGUGGUCCAUCAUUUGGAAAAUUUGAUUUAUUAAUGCAAAAUAGUAAUCUUAGAUUUAAACAUAAAACUUAUGUACCAAAUGUUAUGCCUGUUGAUGAUAAAUCUUUAAAGAUUGAUGAUUAUGAAAUAUUUGAAGUGGUAUUAAAAGAGACAAUUAAAAAUGGUGAAGUUUAA